AUGGAGGGCAAGCAAACAAGAGGAAGACAAAAGAUUGAGAUGAAGAAGAUCGAAAAUGAAGAGGCUCUUCUCGUUUCUUUCUCGAAACGAAGGUCCGGCGUUUACAAGAAACCUACCGAUAUGAUAGCACUAUCUGGCGGUGAGGUGGGUAUUGUGAUCUUCUCACCUUCUGGUAAGCCUUUCUCAUAUGGCCAUCCAUCUGUCGACUAUGUCAUCAAUCGGUUUAUGAACCAAAAUUCACCCGAAAACAACGACUACACUCAUCAAUUCAUGAAGACUCAUCAACAGAUGAAAAUUUCCGAGGCCAUGGAACAAUACAACGAGCUUCUUGACCCAUUAGAAGCUGUGAAGGAGCGACAGAAGUCGCUCCUAAGGAAAGCCAGGACAAGGACAACUCAAGAGCACCUGUGGUGGAGUGUACCUAUUGAAGAGCUUAGGGUGGAUGAGCUCAAACAAAUCCAUGUAUCCAUGGCGGAGCUGCACAUGACUACCUCCAACCAUCUUAAGGAGAGGAGCAGUAGUUCUAAUAUUUUUGGUGCCUCCUCUUCUGGAUCUGUCCAACAAACCAAUCCCAACUUUGAUGCUGAUCAAAGUGGAACUGGUUCUUAUGCUUUUCCUUAUGGCUACGGCCAUUAA